ACACACCUCAGCGUGCGACAGCGGAACGCGCUUGAGCGAGCUUUUCCGUCCGCUUUUCUGAGCGCAACAUUUUCUUUUCGGGGCUCUUUGGGAAAACUCUUGGGCAGCUUGCCAAACGCUCGUAUAGAGGCCAGACGCGAGGAAAACUCUGCUUAUCGAUUACGCACGUAACACAUUCGCCCCACAGCCGAAUAGUUAAAUACAUAGUUCAUCACAGCCAGCCAGCCAAACAAUAUUUCUGCUGCCGAAUGAUAAUGGAGAUGAUAAUGAGACUGUAACUGGGACACAAGAGACCAGACCGAAGGGAAGUGUCAGACAAGAGCGGAACAGCAGCAACCAGCAAGGGUAGGGUUCAGAGGAGGAGCAACCAGGACCAUCCAGCAGAAACCAUCCGAGUUCAAGGAACCAGCGAACAAUGAAUCCCUACACUGCGGGCGCCGGCGGAGGCGGUGGAGGAGGAGCCAAUCCCUUCGGAGCACCCGCCGGUGGAGCGGGAUAUGGCCAACAGGGCUAUGGAUACGAGCAGCAGGCAACAGGUGGCUACGACCAGGGCAUGAACUACGGCAUUGAGCCGCAGCAGCAGGCAGCCGGAUACGGACCACCUGGAGCCAGGCCACGGGUGGAUGUGGAGGCCACUGGCGAGGUGGAUCUCAAUCUCUAUCCAGAGGCAAAGGACUCAACGCACAAAGUUCGCGGCCACUCGGACAUCCUGGAAAUGUUUUUCGGGGCGAGCACAGAACGCGAACUGAUACCCGUGAAAAGCUUCUACUUUUUCUUCUACGCCGCAUUCGGCUCACUGUUUCCGCUGAUGGGCGUGUACUUCAAGCAGAUGGGCAUGAAUCCGGGCCAGUGUGGAAUCCUGGUGGGAAUGCGGCCCUUCGUGGAGUUCCUGUCGGCCCCGUUUUGGGGCUCCUAUGCGGAUCGUUGUCGGCAGGGCAAGCGCUUGCUCCUGGGCUCCCUGGCCUGUUGGGUGCUCUUCACCAUCCCGCUGAGCUUCAUCCGACCGGAGGCCAUCAACUGCAUUGAGCGGCGGAAUGCCACGGACUUUGUGCUGACCUACACACGCACGAAGCGCGACCUGUCGGCCAUGUACGAGCAGGAGCACUUGGAUCUGGGCACUGGCACCAUGCCAGCGGAUGAAGCCCUGGAGGAGGCCGAGGCAGCCCACAGUCGGCACAAGAGAUCCCUGCUGCUGCCCAGGAUCGAUGCGGGCAUCUCACCAGUGCACAUCAACUUUGUGAGCAACUAUGACGACAAGUACCACAGGGACUAUGUGACGCCGAUCUUCAGCUCCAUGGUGUACAGGACUCCGGACAUCCAAAAGGCGUUCUUCCUGCUGCUCCUAGUGAUCCUCAUUGGGGAGUUCUUCAGCGCUCCGGCAAUCACAUUGGCAGACUCCGCCGUAAUAACUUUGCUGGGCGAGGAUGCAGACAAGUACGGUCACCAGCGAAUGUUUGGGUCCCUCGGCUGGGGCAUCUCUAUGUUCCUGGUGGGCAUCGCCCUCGAUCACUCCACCUCGUUCUCGAAUCAUCCCUGUGGCGCUGGCAACAAGGAGAAGAACUACAACAUCUGCUUCUCCAUCUUCUCGGUGCUGAUGACCUGUGCGAUAAUCUCCGCCUCGAAGAUCACAUUCAAGUACGAUCCCAUCGAUGAGCAGAUGGCUGCACAGCAGCAGGCGCAGUUCGUGGAUCCCAACAAGCGGGCGGAGGAGGAGUCGAUGAACCAGUUGGCGGCCCAGCUGAAUCUGCCAUCGCUGGCAGUUGGUAGCGGCAGUGCCGCCUCGGGUGCCUGUGCCGGUGGCGUCAGUAGCUUCCUGGCCACUGGCCAUCAGCCACAACCGCAUAUUGGGGCCGAGUCCAAGGUGUUCGCCCAGACGGCCAAGGAGUUGCCGGAGUGGAUGACCGUGCUCACCCACUUCAAAGAUCUGAAGACCGCCUCCUUCCUUUUCGUGGCCUGGUUCAUGGGCUUCGGCAUUGGCUUGAUCUUCACCUUUCUGUUCUGGCAUCUGCAGGACUAUGGUGGCACUCCCACCCUGUUCGGUGUGGCCUCUGUCAUCAAUCAUGUGUCCGAGAUUUUCGCCUACUUCUUUAGCUUCCGUCUGAUUACCCAAAUUGGCCAUGUCAAGGUGUUGUGCCUGGGCUUGAUUGGCAAUGUACUGCGCUUCCUAUAUAUUUCCUAUCUGACCAAUCCGUGGAUGGUGCUGCCAUUCGAGCUGAUGCAGGGCAUCACCCAUGCAGCCGUGUGGGCUGCAUCCUGCUCUUACAUUGCCCACAAUACUCCCAAGCACCUGAGAGCCUCGGCCCAGGGUGUCCUCCAGGGCAUCCAUCACGGAUUGGGACGUGGCUGCGGCGCCAUCAUUGGCGGCAUGUUUGUCACCUACUACGGUACUACUACUACCUUCCGCUGGUACGGCAUCGCCUGCCUCUUCGUCCUCGGAUUCUUCAUCUUCGUCAACUUCUACCGCAAGGAGCAGGGCUUCAUCUCGGAAAUUCCCGUCACCGAGGAUCCGCAUCAGGUGGCCGAGGAGACCUCGCAUUUGGCACCCCACGGCGUUCCCAGCAAUCCGAUUCCACGGGCUCUGUCCAACUCGCGGCUGAACGAGAUGAAUCCGAAUGGAGGACCAUAUGGCACGUACCAGACCACUGGCGGUAAUCUGGACAUACCCGGAGCCAACCAGCACAAUCCUUUUGCUCAGUAAACGGAGACCUUGGCUUCUCGGAGUCGGCAUUCAGCCCAUCUUCAUACUCACAGUACUAAAACGAACAAAGUAUAACCGCAAACAUAUCUUGGACAUUGGCCUGCAAUAUGAAUUGCAUAACUGCAUUGCUUUAUUUUGAUUUGUUGGGCAGUCAACAUACGAUCUACACAUAGCAUAGCAUAUACAUAUACACAUAUAUAUUUUAUAUAGGACAUGCCACAUAGCCUAAAGCAUAAAGAUUACGUAUGAGUUGGAUUGUUUCAAGUCGAUGGAGUGGAGUGAGGGGGAAGUCGAAACGAAUUUUCACAUAGCAGCUUAGCAAUAUAUACAUAGGGCAAUAUAUGUGUGUGUACGGAUAGUUAUAUAUAUAUAUUGUACCGAUCUAUAAUAUUUAUAGGCCUUUUUAUAUCAGUUGCAUGGCGCCGGGCAAUGAUUGAUAUUCCCGGACUUAGUUUUCAGUUAUGAGCAUGCCGAGUUUGUUGCCUACUUUUGGGCGAUCACCAAAGCAAAUUACUCAUACGCAUGGUUACCCGUUUUACACACACCCCGAAUUACACAUAAAGUACCUAUACAAUCACGGAAAACUAAACAGAGAUUGAAGUUCUUGAAAAGCCAGGAUAUGUGAAUACGAGGCGUUUCAAGGCUACAGGACAUCGGGAAGCAGUGGUAGCUGCUUCGUUUAGCCGCAGUUGAUUAUGACUUUGAUGUUCACUAUACUAUUUUAUAGUAUUAAUUUAGAUUAUCCGUUGUCUUAUGGCUUUGAAACGCACCGUGUGGAUUACCCAAUAGGUUAGCGAAGUUUCAUGUAAAGAGCAAAAUUAGUAAAUCACUUUAAGUCUCGAUAUUCCUCAGUUAAAAUGUUUAUGAAGAAGUUAGGGGCGUCACUUUAAAUAAUGAUCUUUACGUUAGAUAUUUGCAACCUUUAAAAAAUUCGAAGAGACACAUUCAAUCCCAAAAUGGUCCUACGCAAUAAAUACCAAACUAUUUAAAGUAAAUAUGAACUAUGGAAAAUAAAUGUAGUUGCAUUGAAAAACAAAAAUUAUCUAAACUUAAACAUAAGCAGCAUAGAGAAGAAAACCUGCAAAUGAAACCGAAUCUUUAAAACAAAGUAUAAACAAAUGUUGUAACGAAUGAUAUUAUGGAAAUCCGCCUCAUUGCAAUCAACUGUUGAAUAUUUUAAUUUUUACACAAAUAAACUAACAAAAUGACAUAUUUUGACAUACCUAAGAAAACAUAUAACAUAGAAAUAUAUGAUAUACGUUUAUAUAGUAUAUGAAAGUUGACGCACCAAAGUGAAAAGGCAAACUAAACUAUAUUUGUACCUAAAAUAUAUUUUUUCCUGAUUUCAUAUAGCAAAUCUUUCGCUCGAUAUACAUAAACAUAAAUAUAUGUAUUGAAUACUGUAAACAUUAUAUUUCAAUAUUGUUGAUAGCAAAUUAAAUUGGAUAUUUUAUAGUAACGAUACGCCAGUUCUUGUGUACAGCACCAUAUUCCUGAGGAUUUUUCGGGUAGAUGAACCUUAGUAUUAUGCAUUCUGUACAACUGCACUCACAGUUAUGUUUGUUGAGCCGAUAUUAAAAGAAAUUCUCUCUAUAUAUAUGUAUUGAAAAACAAAUAAAAAAUACUCAUAUACGGUAUACAUUUAUAUAGGAAUGUACAAGUAUUAUACACAAUGCGCAUACAUAUGAUACAAAGGAUACAAUACCCAACCCAAAACCGAGAAACCAAAAGACAAGUGAAGUAGACGGAAAAAGCAAGAAAUCAUGUAAUUAUGUAUGUUUAAUAAAACGUUUAACUACCGAGUGAAGUCUAAAGACAAAAGGCACAAAUUA